ACGUUUCUUUCCCCCCCACAUGGAUAGAAGUAGAUAAAUGGGAAUGACAGGGUGGAAGCUCUUCUAUCUAAUUAUUUUUAUAGAUAGUUUUUCUAAAUAAAACUCAAAAUGAAAACCUUCUAAAAACCCUUACCUAUGUAGAAAACCACAAAGAUUCUGUAUUCAAGCUCCAAAAUCGCGCGCCAUAGUUCUCUACUUAUUUCUCCCUCCCUCGCUCUCUUUUUUUGCUUAUUAAACAAUGGUGUGGGCUUUGUUUCCCGCCGAUCCUCUCUCAGGUGAAGAUAAAUAUUACAUCUUUAAGAAGGGAACUUAUAAAGUUGGUCGUAAAGGUUGUGAUGUAAUUAUUAAUAAAGACAAAGGAGUUUCUCGAAUUCAUGCAGAGAUAAUUGUUGAUGAAAUGAUAUCAUUGAAUCCCAUGAAGAGCAACUCUGACCGAACCUCAAGAGUUCGGAUUAGAGAUUGUUCCAAGUAUGGGACAUUCAUCAACAAGAAUCUUGAUUCAAAGGAAAAGGUUCAUGAAUUCCCAAACAAAGAAACAACUUUAAAAGAUGGGGAUAUGGUUUCUUUUGGAACCGGUAAUGCAACAUACAGUUUUUCUUUCGUUCCGCUCAUUUUUUUUGUCUGCUGCUCUGGAUCCUUUCAAGUGAAUGAUCCCCUUCAAGACAAAGUUUCAUCAAUUGGCGCUUGUAUCACUUUCCAACUAAGCGAAGAGUGCACUCAUGUAAUCAUGGAUCAUCAAAUGCCACUGAAGAAAGAUGUCAUUGAAGCUAUUGUGGCUAAGAAACCUAUGGUUCUCCAAAGUUGGGUUGAGUUGGUUGCAGAAAAAGGCAUUGGGUCAGAAAUUCCCAGCUGGAGUUCCUAUGUUCCAACAUUAACAGUUGAAGGAGUACCAGUCAAAGUUGUGGACUCUGUAACUCGUGCAAACUGUUUGAAAGGAUACACUUUUCUGCUGGAGUCAUUAAAUAUGUAUAAGUUCGGGGACAGGUUACAGGCAAUGUUGGAAGUGGGAGGUGCAAAUAUUGUCUUCAUUGAAGAAUUUUAUUCCAGUAAUGAAGGCUUAGAUUAUAAAGAAAAUUUUCGAAUGGUGUGUGUUAUCCCUCAAGGAUCAGCUGACAAGUUUGGUCGUUUCAGCAAACUGAGUUCAUUAUCCAGAGUGAAUGAAGUGGAUCUGUUAUAUGCUGUUGUAUCUGGACAUUUAGAUUUAUCUAAGCUGAUUUUACCAACUGUGGUUGUCUCAUCAUCAUGCUCCACGGAUGAGACAGUAGUAGCAGAUUCUGAUGAAGAAGUGGAAACAAUGUCAACUCAUGCCACUGCAAAUAUUUGCAGUGAAGCCCCUAAAUUUGUGAACAAAGUGGAAACAUCCCCUAUCCAAGCGAAAGUGGAAACAUCCCCAGUUGACAACCCUUGUACAAAAUUGGAGGAUCGGCAUGUUGUGAGAUCUAUGGGCAAUAAUAUUGGAAUGACCGCAAAAAGAGAGAAGGUGGAUGAGCCUGAAAGUGCAAAUUCUGAUAUUAUUUACAGCCAAAAUUUAAUUAUUAGAGAUUGGCAAUUACCUGUCAGAAUCAGUUCUACAAAUGAAAGAUUCAUAGAUUUUAAGCGCUUCAAAAAGAAACAAACUCAAUCAGGGAAUAGCUUCAACAACCUAAUUCCAUUCUCAAAAUAUUCAUACAAAGAUUCCGACCCUGGCAAUCAGGAAAUGCUACACUCCAUGAAAGAAGAGAGAAAGCGAAAACAGAUGGAAGCUAUCGCAGAGGACUUAUUCAACAGUGAAAAGGGAAGACGGCGCGGUGGAGCUGGUUCUAUUUGUUCACUUCUUUCUCAUAGAUUGUUAAUCCUUGGUAGCUGAUGCAGUUCCUACAUUGUUAUCACAUCCCAAUACCAAUUCUCCGUCUGUAUGUUUCUCUUCACUUUUGUUAAUCCCGGGUAGGCAAUGCAUCUUUUAAACUGUUAUCACAUUCCAAUACUAAUUCCCUUUCCCUUCCUCUUCAUUCUUCCCGUAAUUUUGGAAGAGCCUGUUUGGAAACUAAUCAACUUUCCAGAAUAAAUUCUCUCUGCUCUUUAUCACUGAUGCAUUUCCUACAUUGCUAUCACAUUUCUAAUCUAAAUCUCUCUGUUUCUUUUCAUUAUUUUCCUAAUGUGGAAGAACACAUUCCAAAACUUGUCAAAAUCCCAAAAGUGUGUCUUCAUUACACUGCAAAAUACACUUGCACUUGCUGCAAAAGAUGAGGCAUCUUUCUGAAAGAGCCGAAGAAUGGCAGAUGCUUGACUGUUAACAUUUCUCUUUUAGCAAUUAUAUUUGUGAUCAUCGUGCUAUCGAGAAUUCGCCUGUUGGAGUAUCAUAUCAUACAAGUAAUGUUCCAAUUUGAAAUGACCUGCCAAAGCUUCAAGACGGCCAUUCCAGGUAAUGGAAACAGUCGGAUUAGGAUAUUCAAGUUUGUGACAUACAGUGGAUGGGAUAUGUUGCUGUGCUACUUUGCUUACGUUGUUGCUAUAUAUUAAGAGGCAGCUAAAUAAUAGGGUGUUUGGCAUGUUAAGAUGAUUGGUUAAUUUUUUUUGAAUAGUAAGCUGUUAGGAUAUUGAACAAUUAUAAAUUACAUCAGCUCCGGAAUAGCUAUUGUUUUCAAAAUUAAUAGGCUAAAUUAACUGAUUUUAUUAUUAUUAAUUUUAUUUAUUUA